AUGACAAAUCCAAACAACUGUGCGGGGUGCGUAUGUCCAGGAGGAUAUGGCGGAACUCUUUGCAAUCAAAGACCAGCAGGCUGUGGGGAAACAUUAGCAGCGACUGAUCGAUGGCAAGUAGAGAGGUUCACUUUUGGGAAUGCACAAAUUGCUACACUUCGCGAUACUUUUGUGACAUGCAAUUACUGGAUUACGGCACCACUUGGAAGGCAGAUUCAAGUUCGUGUGACUUGGAUGGAAGAACCAAAGUGCGGUACCGGCUGCAGAGUCAACUCUAUUGAACCUAAGUUCAAAGCCGAUCAGAGGGCUACCAAUCCCAGGUAAUC